AUGGUGCCACACCUGGCAAACGGUGCUGCUGCGCCCGCUGUGCCACAGAUGCCAGCUGUUCAAGAGCACACGGAUGUCGUUCACGACACGCAGUUUGACUACUAUGGUCUGCAGCUCGCCACUGCCAGCUCCGAUAGAACGAUCGGCAUUUACGUCGCCCGGGCGGGUGCCCCGUUGAACCGCGUGGCAACUCUUACCGGUCAUGAGGGCCCUGUGUGGAUGGUCAGUUGGGCACACCCACGCUUCGGCAACCUUCUCGCCUCCGCCUCGUACGAUCAGAAGGCGAUAAUCUGGAAAGAGAUCCGCCAGGGUGCACCCAAGUGGACUCCUGUGCAUGUCAUCGACAUCCACCAGGGCAGCGUAAACGCGGUGCAGUGGGCGCCGGAGGAGUACGGCCCGGUCGUCGCCACCGCCAGCAGCGACGGCACCGUUGCCAUCACCACAUACCGUGACGGCUGCUGGCAGCCUAGCAUGAAGCUAAGCAACAAUAGCAACCAAAUUGCGCACGCAAUGGGGGCGACGAGCGUAACGUUCGCGCCGUUCAAGUCGGAGCUGGCAGACCACGUAGUGGUCGCAUCUGGCGGAUGCGACGGUCACGUGCGCCUUUGGGUGUCUGCGAGCUCCCCAGAGCGCGGCUUGGGGUUUGAACUGCAUCAGGUGAUCGAAGCGCACGCGGACUGGGUUCGCGAUGUUGCAUUCUGUCCUUCAUCCCCGGCAUCCCGCUUCGUCAUCCUUGCGUCGUGCGGGCAGGAUAAGACAGUUGUGAUGUAUCGGAAGCCGUGGGAUCAGCUGUGCGCGGAGAUUAGCGAAGGUGUCUCGCAGGCUACGGAAUGGGAGCGGAGUGUCAUCGAGUUUGCAGAGCCUGUCUGGAGGCUUUCAUGGGCCCCUUCGGGUGAGAUGCUUGUGGUGACAAAUGCAAAGUCCGAAGUGUUUGUGCUUCGCGAAGGUGUCGACUUCACCGAACCGUGGAUUAAGCUUCCUUUGAAGGACUUCCAGCAGUAG